AUGGCCAAAUUUACCAACAUCAAAGUUAACGGCUGUCCGAGUCUCCUUUGUGAGGAGCUGGAAACCAAAGGCAGCCAGGAGAUGAACAAGACCAGUGAGGAAGGUGAGGAGGAGGAUCUGAGGGAUGAAGAAGAUGGAGAGAACGAAGGCGACGCCAGUGAGAGAGCGCCGCAGGAAGAGGCGGACGCCAAAAAUGUCACUAAAGUGGACCACGGGAGUCCCGAGCAGAAGAACAGUAGGAGGACUCGAACGAAGAAGCCCAACGAGCGCCCGAAGAACAAAAAUGGGGAGAGGGACGCCGUCGAGGACAAACCCGAAGCGGCGCCGGUGACCUCCGAGGAGAACUUUGCUCUGACGGAGCCCCCCGUCGGACUCACGAGAGCCUGCGACCUGUCUGAGCCAGUCUACCUGGGCUGUGGCGGCUCUGGUCCGGACGGGCCCCCGGCUCCCGUCCCCGUGGUGGACUCGUCCCAGAACUCCGUCCCCAUGCAGCCCAGCCCCCUUUUACAACAAACCGUGUCCCAGCACCCCCUGGAACCGCUAGAGAUGGAGAUCACCCAGGUGUACUCCACCCGUCGCUCCAUCCGCUACAGCACCCGCGGUCGGGGCCGGGCCCCCAACUUCCCGCUGCUCCCCGAGCUGGAGAGCAUGGCGGACUGCCUGCUCCCACCGCCGCCCAAAAAGAAGACGAGGACGUUUUACAGCACCGAUCAGUUGGAGCACUUGGAGGCCUUGUUCCAGGAGGACCACUACCCUGAUGCUGAGAAGAGGAAAGCUAUCGCCGCAUCAGUUGGCGUCACUCCUCAGAGGAUUAUGGUGUGGUUUCAGAAUCGCCGAGCCAAGUGGCGUAAAGCGGAACGCUUAGUGUCGAGUAAAGCAGAACAGCGGCACAGCAGGGGCAGGUGGAGCCCCGCCCGCCCACACACCCACCCCGCAGUGCCCAACAUGGCCGCCACCGCAAGCAGCACGGGGGCGCCUGUGGUCUCCGUACACUUUGGCACCAAGAUGCCGACGGUGGAGCCUGUGCGACCUUUCACCACACUGUCCACGCACACCUUGUCCUCCGUCAGCCACUUGCUGGCCACCAGUCCAGGUCAGUCCAGAAUGAAAGAGCAGCCCGACUUCCACCCCCGCCCCAUGCGCAGCCCUCCCCCCCUGAGACGAGCCAGCCUCCCCCCCCUCGCCGCCGCCUACGAGCUCAACACGCCGCCGCCUCCUCUCUUUGUGGACGACGGCGCUUCCUUGGCCCACUGCGACAGCCAGGCUCUGCAGACGGACGCCAGUUCUCUGUUCGACUUCGCCGACAAACUGGACUAUCUUGCGCCCGGCCAUCAGAGCAACGCUCAGCUGUCCUUCCAGCUGCAGACGUCUUGCCCGCCCGCCCAGCUGCCUCCGCCGCCGCCGCUGCAGCAGCAGCAGCAGCAGCAAACCUCCACGUCUCUGCCACCCCGCGUGGCCUUUCUCACCCCCUCGCCCUACCUCACCCCCAACCCUUCGGACGCCAUCUCCACCUCCUACUUCACCUUCGGCCCUGCGGGGAACUCCACCGGCGGAGUCACCUAUUCCAUGGGGGGCCACUCCUACGUGAAGUCGCAGGGCGGGGGCCAGAUUUUGUUGCAGCCAACCAACCAUCACGGUGGCAUGGCGUCCUACCAGUCGUACCCUUGGGCUAACGUGUACGCCCAGCCUAGCGUUCGCCAACUGGCUCCCAAUUACCCCGCCGGAUUCACCGGCGCCGCCGCCCGGGACCUCCAGAUGGCCUCGUCCUCCGCCAACGUGUCCACGUGCUUCCAACGCACGUUCACGCAUGACGGCACCACCGUCCUCCCGCCCGUGUCCAGCUUGCAGCCGUCCCGCCUCAGGGCCGAGAGCGGGAUGGCGGCAAAGGGAGCGGCGGUGGCCCCUCUGCUCCCCUCGCAGGCCAGCCCCGGCUCCCUUUGCAGCCCGGUGGCGCCUUCUUGUGUCAAGAUUGAGUAUGACAGCCCACGAGAGAUUCAUAGCCACUUCCACUGUGACUUCUCUCCCAUUCAAUUUUGA